AGACCGCUCGCAGAGGAAGAGUACUGGUCCUUUGGGGAGUUGAGACAAGUUUGGGACGCUUGUGCACUUUGGACUUUGUUUGCAGGAACUCAAGAGGAGGUGAGGAGACCUGCAGCGCAGACAAAGAGGCUUCAUCGAGCUGCCUGCAGGGACACACAAACCUUCCCAACAUCUGGUGUGCUGGAGGACGGGGCGAGCUGCGGAGAGAAACUUUGGAGGCGGAGAGAAAACUAUCUCCGCUGGAGAAAAAUGCAUUGAAUUGGCAGCUUGGGGCACCUCCAUGAGCCGAGAAGCGAUUUGGCGGCCGCGUAAAGUGACAAGAGCGGAGGCAAAGCGGACGGGAAGGGUCUCGGAGGGCGACAAGUCCACCUGGAGCGGUCGGAGAAUGAAUUAGUGUUCGGCCGCGCCGUGUCCCAGCCAGAGAGAAGGCUCCUCCACCUCCUCCCAUAAGAGCCAGGCCUAUGCCCAUGGACGAGGACAGGAGUACCCCCGCCAUCUCCCCAGAGCCACCUGAUGAUGGGGACCCCGGUCUACCGGCUCCACAACCCAGUUCGCACACAACCUCGACCAUAGAGAGAGCAAACAGCUGCCCAAACCCAAAGCCCUGUUCUAGUGCAGAUGUGGCCCACACCUAUACCGAGCCCCUCAUAUUGAGGGUAAAUGGCACCCCAGAAAGGCUGCUGGGCAAUGAUGGAGACAAGUGGAACCGCAGCCUCUCACACACGGAGCUCACAACACCCAGCAAGAGUAUCACAUCUCAGCCAGCAGCCAGAUCCACGCCCGUCCACCACACCCAGCCAUGUCGGACGCAGCCCAGCAGCCAACUGCGCAACGGAGCCAAACACCACGCACACUCCCCUCACACGCACUGUCCGCAUCACACGCACAUGCCUCACACACAUGCCCUCCAGUCCAACGGGGUCAGGAACGGGGGCCCUCAUGAGCACCCUAAGCUGGGCUCCCUCCCGAGAGGCGGCUCAUCCACCUCCUCGUCCUCCUCUGCAGGACCCAAACACACCAAGAAAUUGCAGUCUAACCCCUCCAUCACCUCCCAGAGCAGCAAGAGGAGCAAGAGCAGCUCCAAGAGCAACAGCUCCCAGAUUCCCACAGAGGCACAGGACGACUGCUGUGUUCACUGUAUUCUGGCCUGCCUCUUUUGUGAGUUCCUAACUCUGUGUAACAUCGUGCUGGACUGUGCCACCUGCGGCUCCUGCGCCGGGGACGACUCGUGUUUCUGCUGCUGCUGUGCAUCGGAGGAGUGUGGCGACUGUGACCUGCCCUGUGACAUGGACUGUGGCAUCAUCGACGCCUGCUGUGAGUCUGCAGACUGCCUGGAGAUCUGUAUGGAGUGCUGCAGCCUUUGCUUCUCCUCCUGAGGCCCCUAGCCAACACCACGGGGAGCAAAGUAGAUACACACUCCCACAAGCCCAGGAACAACUUCGACCAGUGUCUUUUUCGAGCUGAGAGGCGCUACACCCAGUCUUUGUGGUCUGGGCUCUGUGGUUUACUCUGUAUUGGCUGGCCUAGUUGGCAAUGUUCCUUAGAGGGUUUGCCAAGUAAAAUAUGUGACCUAAUGCUGAGAGCAGUCACUGGUGAAUUCUUCCUUCCUCUAUUGAUCAAAAGAUGGGACAGUAGCCUUGCCUUGUCUAUGCUGUUGGUCCAUUGCUGCACAGCUGGGUGUAUGGUGCAGAGUGAGUUCCAGCUGUGGUCCACGAGUGUCUGCCAGCCUGUGCCGACCGGGCCUCUGGACCUUCACAGAUCAAGCUAUUAUUACAAUGGAGCCCCUUGUGCCGUCUGAAUGACUGGAGUUCUCCAAGCAUGAAAAAUGACCUCCAAAGGCAAAUGAGAAAAUGGCUCCAUUUAACCGGAUUUUAGUGUUUCUGUAGAUAAGAGCAUCAGCAUAAUGGGAAAAUGGACGCUCAGAUCUCAGUAGAAAUGUAGUCUGUGCUCCUGUCCUUGGCAAGGUUAAAGUCUUCCAGUUUGAUUGCAUACAGUGGCCUUUGUGACACACACACACACACACACACACACACACACAGAGUGCCUUUGUCCUUGUUGCAAUGUGCAAGAUAGAGAAAACAUUAAUGGUGGCUUGUGGCAAUAUUACAGACAAAUUUUCUUUUGUUAAUAUGAAUCUCACUUAACGGACUUAUUCAGAGAAGAACCAUGAGAGUGUCAUGCAUCAUUCUGAAGAUGAGUCCCAUUAAAUGAGUACUGUAAGUGAUGGACAUCACUGACAUCACGGUCGAUAGCAUCUGUCAUGAACACAUUCUCUGCUCUAACAUGUGAAGGGAGAGGGUUCUUAAUCAAAAGUCUCUCCUCGUUUAAUGUUUCAAAUCCUGUUUAUUUCACUUUUUUACAUUGAGGGGCUUCAGCUGUAUUCAGGCUAUAUGUCCUGUCUGAAUUGUCAGAACUGGCAAAGGACUGGUAGAGGAUUGGAAGGCAUCAUCUCUCUUUUUUUUUUAAUAAAUUUCAUUUUUCUUUGUCGUUCUUGCUAUGUGAACAAAUGGCCUUAGCUUAGCUGAAGGCCUGAAUUUUCAAGUAGGUUCCUUGCCUUUACCAAAUCUCUAUUAAUCCUUGUUUUGUAGAUUUUAGUUAAGAUAUUUGCAUUCCUCCUCCAAUGUGAAAAUCACAUUUCUGUGUUAUCGGGUUUUGCUGGGCUCUCUGUAAAGCAGACAUUGCUCAACACCUAAUUUAAUUCCUUGAAUGAAAAUCUCAAGACAUUAUGCUAUGUUAGAUCCAUAUGCUCGUAGUAUGAAUGGUACGCUUUUGAUAACAGGCCCGCACUCUCAUAUGCUCACAUUCAUACCUUCUCCAGCCCAGUACCUCUUGGGAUGUCACCUACAUCUGUUGUGCAUUUUAAAAUGACUUGAUAGAAAUCUGUGUCUUCUCUGAUCAAAUACUGUUUGUGCAAUCCUCUUUUCUUGGAAAUACCAAAGAGUUUUCCUCUGACUGGACCUUAGUUUCUAGACCUAUAAUUACUUGUACAUUGAAGGGUUUUUGCUAUGCUAAUGUGGCUGUGGUUGAUUGAACCCUAUUUUAAGGGCUUUUAUAUAACUUUGCAGAGCAAGAAUAAACACUAAAGGCUGUAAAUCAACCUGAUCGAACCGAAGCAGAAAAUGUUUUGUAAAUCAACUAAGACGUUAUGACUCUUCACAUAUGUUUAUAUCGAAUUGAAUGUGUUUCAAAUUUUGGGACAUGCUCAAAAUUAAGUGAGAGAAAAUCCUGGAGAGCCCUGGAAUACAAUGCAAUUAUUUACAGUACAGAGAGAUUUAUGAAGGUAGAACUGGAUUAUAUGAUGUUAUGUUUAGAAGUGAUAACGGUGUCGUUUGUUUGGAUUUACAAGAUAUUCUGAGUGCAGAUUCUGUCGAUGGUGCUUCAUCUAGGGACAUGGUCUCUGUCACACUGAAAGAAUAGACGUGCUUUGUGAUAAGUGUCUGGGGUCUGUGCACAGCUAACUCAUAUGAGUUUCAAACCAAAACAUGAACUCUUUCCUUAUCAACACUGCUUAUCAACCAGCCAUUACAAAUAAUAAAAGCAGUUUGAUACCAUUCGAACACAAUUUGUACACAGUGAGUCUACAAGUGUAAGGUAGCUACUAAGCCAAUGUUAGCAUAACUGGUCCCCACUGUUCACAAAGACACGUCUACCUGUUAGCCGACCGUGUUAAAAUAAACAGUUCACCUUGCUUUCGGCCAGCAAUAAUAUGAAUACAUAUUAUCAUAUGUUUCCUACUGCCCCAUUUUACUGCUAAAACAAUAGGUUCAGUGUUUUUUAACCCAACCCAACUGACAUGUUGUUUCCUAUCAUUUAUGACUGUGCAUAACUACAACCUCACUCACUCCAGCUCGAGUUUCAGGAUUCCUACCAGUCUGCUGCAGCGUUCUCAAACACAGUCCGAAGAGGCACUUUUUAGGCCUUCAAAACAAGGAUAAAUAUCGUUUUUCAUAACUGUGGAGCUCACAAGCUUAUCCGUCGUCUCAAACCUGCUCCCUGUUAUGCAGAAGUGAUUUUAUUUUUCUCAAAUUCCUGCUCCCAGCACAUCUGAAACUGGAGAAAUAAAGUCAACAGAAACCUACCUGUGACAGACAGCAUGGCUUUGCACCUUUGUUUUUAGCAGUGGAUCACAUAAACAUGUCUGGUUUCCAAAUGCAGCUUCACCUUGGUUUUUGAAGAGGGGAAAAGGUUCUCCUGUUGGACUGUUAAGUGCAGGGCGGUGGAUCAGUCAAUACUACAGCUAGAGUUUGCUAUGCACCAUAAAUCAUGUGAAACAACAUUUUAAUAAGGGCUGGGUUGAAAAACAGUGAACACAUCAUUUAAGUUUAAUUUAAUGAUGUUGGAAUAAUUUUUUAUGAUGUGGUCAUUAAAUACUACUUUAUGUCUAUACUGAGAAGUGCUUCACAAUUCGUUGGGGAAUGGAAGCAGUGUGGAGGGAAAAAAAAGACUCACUGGUUGGUGUGGACGUAGAAAGUCCCCAGAUGAACACCGGUCUUGCAUUUAAACCAUUCUCUGGAUUUUGGAGAUGAUUUGGAGAUAUGGAUUGUGUCUGCACCAGACAGGUCAUCAUCUCAUUCCCAAAUAUUUCCCUUUCAUUCAGUCAAGCUAUUUAGGUCAUACUGGAAGAAAACACAAGUUCACUUUCAAUUUUUUGCAUACUCAGUAUUAUCAGUAUUUUUGUUAGAAGUACCUUGACCACAGAGAGGUCUUGACCACAACUGUUGACUUUCAUGGGUAUUAUUAUCUUAUUAUGAGAUGGAGUUUAGAUAUUGAUUUAAAGAGCUGGCCACCUCUGCUCAUAGGCUGAAAGUUAUUCUAGCCCAGCUGAAUUGUUACUAGACUGUAGUCCACUAUAAUGUCAUUUUGUUUACACUACCCCCAUUUAAUGUCAUUUUGAAUUGCUGUC